AUGAAUUGGAAUAUGCACGGAAAAUUUCGGUCACUUGGACAGAUAAUUCAUCUAUUCCAGUAAAAAAGUACAAACAUUUAAUAAGAUUUUUGGCAAUGGAUAUUAACGGGAAAUCUGGCGAAGCAAUAAAUUUUCAAGAAAAUAUACAGAAAAAUUGUCAACAAGCAGCAAAUAUAUACACUAAAGAGAGUGACGUAUAUUUUAAACGACGCAAAAAAGAUGGCGUUUUCGGGACUACUGAAAUCUACGAUGCUAGUGCAAUUGAUGGUUGGUUAGCUGAAGCAAAGCAAAGAUCUUACCAUGUUGGCAUUGAAAAAGUUGAAUGCGACUUAUCAGGAAGACCAUCAGGUUUAAUGGUGUCAGUAAAUAAUUUAUUAAAAGCUGGGAUAAUACUAAAAUAUAAUGAUAUUAAUGGAUCAUCAGUGUCUUUUGUUCGAUUGACUAUAAUUGGAUAUCACGAAAAGAAAUCAAUCCGAGAAUUUUCAGAUAUUCUUGUAUUCCAGCGUAUAACGCAAAUUGGACUUGAGUUAUUUAAUAAUUUGGAUCAAAGUGAUCCUAUGCCGAAAUUGCUUGAUUGGAUAUCAAGUUUUCACGAUCUAUAUACAUCUCCAUGUCACCAUUGCAAAAAACUGUUAUCUUUUGAUUCACAUGUAUACAAGUAUUUGCCACCCGUUCGUAGGGUUUUUAUUGAUGGAAAAUUUUUACCCUUUCAUUAUCAUUGCUAUCGACAAUAG